UAGGUGGUUUCACACCACUCGCUUCUGAAGCUGUUGCCAUGCGGAGUUCUGGAAUUACACUUUCGUUUUCUUUUCUUUUAAUUACAAUAAUAAUUAUAACAAUAUAAUAAAAGAAAAAACAGGGACAAUCAUGGUUUAUCUCGCCGGUGCCGGAUACAACGCAGUCGUCGGAAUGAAUAAUCGGAGGCCAAAAUUCUUUACGUCAAUUAUACCGAACAGCAUAAUUUCAACGCUAUACGACGUCGCUUUUCUGUGUCGGUGUUGCAGAGAACAUGACUUCAGUAGCACUUCUGAAUCAGCUUGGACAGAUUUCCCCGUAGAGAACGCCUACGAGCUGUUAGGAGUUUCUGAGACCAGUUCUUUUACCGAAAUUAAAGCGUCGUUUCGAAAAUUGGCCAAAGAAACUCACCCAGACCUCGCUGAGUCAAGCAGUGAUUCCAGUGCCUCUCGACGAUUUGUGCAAAUUCUGGCUGCUUAUGAGAUUCUUUCAGAUUCGCAAAAGAGAGCCCAUUAUGACAUGUACCUGUUGUCUCAGAAAAAGCUUAUGCAAAAGCAUUCUGAACAGGGUUCAAAAUUGUAUAUUUACAAAUCUCAAGCUACUACGUUCAAGGAGAUGGAAGUUGUUGAAUGGUUAAAAUGGUACAGAUUAACUAUUAAUAAUAUUUUGUCAGAAAAGAGGGUGGUAGAUGGAACAGGUUAUUUUGAUGUACUUGAGAGAGAUUUUUAUUCAGCUAUUCAUGCAGCAUACUAUGGUCCUGAAAUUGAUUCUAUGCCCAUGGAAUUUCUUCCUGACUGCUUUGAGGCUGAGGAGAGGUCCUCUUAUGAAACUCCUGAGGUUUUGCACUUAGUUUCAGGUCGUGAUCUUUUCGGAAUGGUUUGCCUAGCCAACAAGGUUCCAGAGAUAUCAACUAUUAACAAUGAAAUGUUAACAUCUUUUAGAUCCUUCCAUUCAGGCCCAUGUCAAUCUGUAACAAAUGUGAAUGACUACAGGAAAGCAGAAAGAUCAGAUGAUUUUGAAACCUAUCAAGGUCUCGGCUCUAAAACUUCAACUAUUGUAUCAGAUGCAUAUAGACAUCUUGAAUUGCACAUCUCAGGAAGAGUUGUUGCUACAGCAUCUAGGACCCUACCUAGAUGCUGUUCUGAUGUAAUGCAGACAGAAGAUACUGAAGAUCACAUUCAAGUGUUCCUUAACUUAUAUGAAGAUCCCAAACAUAUCAUGAGUGAUUUUUGGAAAGGCUACCUAGCAAAUGGUGCAGUUGGAAGAAGAAUUCAUUUGGGAACUAUAUCUGGACUUGGGAGCAGUCCAGAUGAAGGUUGUUGUUAUGUUUACAAUGACAAGGGCACAAAGACCCAUGCGAUUAUGAAGCAUAGAACAUUGAUGGUGAAGCAUAUGCACUGGUAUCAGGUGGGUGAGAAAGUCUCAGUUUGCGAGUGUAGAUGCACUAGAGCACAUUUACCACCAAGCAAAUUUUGGCUAUUUGAGCCUCGCUGUGGUUUCCAUGACAUAGGCGGUUGGUACGUUGAGACAUAUGGCAAAGAUAAGCACGGUCGUACAAAGCCAUCACAAAGGUUUUGGGAUGGCUUGGACUAUAACAUGCAAGCUGACAGAAGACUUCAUCCAGCAAUGUAUUUGUUUGCUCUUGCAUAUCGGACACUUGAUCUUGAAUACGCUAAAGCAAGCAAGAAAUCAUUUAGGAAUGUUGUUGGAGCACAAAUGUUUCGAGUUAUUCAUUGGUGCAAGAAACUUGUUCAAUAGGUAUGUAUCCGUUGGGCUUUUGCCAAUGUUAACAAAUUGAUUGUGACCUUGCUAGAACAAUUUUGAAUGAUCAGCAAGCACUUAAUAAUCUCUAUUUAGUGAUUUUGGAAGAAGAUAUUGCUGUCAAUUUAUAUUUACAAGAUUUUUGGGUGAAAUGCUCUGUAAGUAGUGAACGGAAAACUCAUUACAAGCCUCAAGUAGUUCUAUUACUUGGUUAGAGGAGAUUCAACUUUUCAUUUGCAUAGUGAUGGAUAUAUUGGGUAAAUACUGAAGUCAAUUCACUUGGUCAGGGAUUGGAUGGAGUCACUUCAACUUUUUAUCAUGUCUGAGGCUAUUUAAACCAACAUUGAUUUUGGCAAAAAUAUUCUCUUGCGCUACUUGUCUCAGAAAUGUUAUGCAAUCCGAAUGUUCACGGAUAUACUUCGUGUAUUUCUAUGCGUACAACACAAAUAUGUAGUUGCCUUUAUGCGUUGUUAGACAAAGAUUCUUUAUCUUGCUCAGUGUUAUGGAAGCUAGUUGUUUCACUGCACAAUGAGUUUCAUCCCCUUAUUGGAAAGGUCAUGAAGCCGGACGGUUUUCUGGAAUUUACUUCGCCAUCAUUUCUCCUGGAAUAUAAAAUACAAUUUCUGCUUACAUAGAAUUGUCCCUCUAGGCAUGUGGAACUUACUCUGUCUACUUGUAUAUAUCUAUAUAUUUUAAGAAUGUUUUUCUUCUUUAUAUUCCUGCCCUCUUAAAUUUGUUGCUCUUCCCUCUGGAUUUAUAUGCAAAAAAUGACUGCCAUGACGUGUAGUUU